AUGGGACUGACUCCGGUGAACUCGAGGCUCUGGUUAGACGGGUUACUGCGCGAAAAGUGCAAGAUCUCGGCACCCCGCCCAUUCCAACUCGACCUCGGCUUGCACCUCAUCAAUGGACGCGAUGUUCUCCUCGUUAUAGCCACGGGUCAGGGCAAGACAACGGUUCUUCAUGCACCGCUUUUGGCUGCCCAGGCUCGCAAAGAAAAUGGGAUCGCAUUCAUCGUCAUCCCGACGAAGCUUCUGGGAGAGCAGCAUGUUGUUGCGGAGGCUAGAGGACUCAUAGGACGCGCUCUCAACGAAGAUACGGUCCGCGAAGCAUCGAGUCGCGGGCAUGACUUGUUCAAGGAAAUCUUCGAAGGAAAGGGCGUACGUGUUGUCGCGCUGAGCCCGCAAAUGCUUCGAAGCCCGCGGGUCUGGAGAUAUCUCAAUAACCCUGACGUCAAGCGUGAGGUCCGCUGGUUCUUUGUCGACGAAGCACACCUCGUCAACGAGCACGCCGCAGAGUGGUGUACGGAGUAUCAGGCGUUGAAGGAGAUGCGUGCCCGUCUCGUGAAUAGCACGGUAUGGGCUGCGGUUACUGGUACAGCUACGCGUCAAGAAGCCGCUUUCAUUGCCAAGACCCUUGGAUUCCAGCCGGGAGCUUUCGUGGAUGCUCGCUAUUCCAUCGAUCGCCCGAACAUCAAGUUCAUCCCUCGAUUCUUCGAACAUCCCUAUUCCGGUUCGCAUUUCCUGGAUCUCAGUUCCAUUAGCUUCCUUAUCCCACAAACAAUGUCCACGCCGGCCGAAAUUCCCACCACCCUCAUUUUUGCGGAAACUAUCGACCUAGGAUACCGCAUCAUGCGGUUUCUCGAUAGUCUCAUACCCCACCACGUACCACACCGCUCGUCUAUCAUCAAACUCUACAACUCAAUGUGGGACCGUCCGUAUCGCGAGCGAUUCAUGGAGGACAUCCAGUUCGGGGAUACACUGCGAGUUGGUGUUUGCACGGAUACAUGUGCUUACGGAUUCGAUGCGCCGAACAUCGCACGCGUGGUUGUCGCAGGGAUCCCUACGUUCGAGAAGGGCCGCCCGCCGUCUUUUGCAGCAAUGAUGCAGAAAAUCGGACGCGCAGUCCGCAAUGGCGCAGACGGAGUUGCAUAUACAUUUGCUCCGCCUUGGGCUCGUAUCGUCCCGGAAUCCGAAAUCAAGACCAUCCAGCAGAAGGAGGAUGCAGUUCGCCGCUCUAAACUCGAUCCGGUCAUGCUUGGAUGGUUCAAUCCGACGUCCAGCCGCUGCCCUCGCCAAACCAACCUUACUGCAAACGACGAAGCCUACUCUCCUCGCAACAGGUGCUGUAGUAUCCAUGACCAGGAGCCUGAGCUCUCGUUCGACACGGCGAGUGUCUUGAAGUGGAAAGCGCGCAUGGAGGCAGCGAUUACGGCUCCCUUGCAUGUCAUACCACGUUCCGACGGGACCUACAAGCCACUCGAGGCUCAUAUGAAGCUCUCCUUGACGCAAAUGCUCAUCGAGUGGCGUAUCCGGAGGUGGCGACAGAUUCGCGGGACACAGACAGGUAUACCAUCCUUAUGGUUGUUGCCCACGUUUCUCGUGCAACGGUUGGUAGAAAAGGCACAUAUCUGCACAACGUACGAGCGAUUCGAAACUGUGGUAGAAGGAUGGACAUACCUCAUGGAGCAAGGAAAGCCUUUAUUCGCGUUUGUCACAGCCGCUCUCGUUGGAUUUGGUGCCGUCUUGGAUGAUCGCCUUGUUGUGGAGUCAGGGUCUACGGAGGUUAUCAAACAGGACCCCAUGGUGGAACCUCGACUCCGUGUCCGCUUGCUAAUCCCGAGUAACGGCAGACGAGUUGAUGAUUCGUCACACCAUCUCGUCAAACCUCCGAAGCGUGCACGCCAGCAGAAGGAGAAUAGGAACAUUGUUCAGUAG